AUGGCGGGCAGAGAGCCGAAUGUACAAGACGAGAAAUGAGAGCCCGGAGGCGGCCACUCCCAGGACCUCCGGUCGCCCAGCGAGCACUACAACUCGUGGACGGCGAGUGGCUACGCCAACAUCCAGAGCUGGAACUCCCAGGAUACCGGCAGAACCGCAGCCCUCAGCGUAUUGUACCGAGCGCGUGCUGCGAUGGCGCCUGCGGGAGGCAGAGCGGCAACUGUCCUUAACUUCUGAGGAGUUGCAACGCACCAGGUUUAUGCUGUCGCACUUCCAGCGACACCAGGACAAGAGGUGGCAGUGGGAGGCGGAACAGGUCUCAGAAGAAGUGGAAAAGCAGCAACAAGUGACUGAAGACUUGAAGUUUGAUCUUAAAAAAGUGGCAAUUCUGGCCUUGACCCACCGCGAUGCCGAGUUGAAGGGCUGUGCGACAGAGAUGUGGGCGAAAUGGUCCCUGCAGGGGCCCAUCCCACGACGGCCCAAUCCGGCAGAGUCCACGAGGGUCAAGGACAUGGGUCGAGUCCGCGCCAAAAGGAGGUGGAACUAUUUGUCGCGUUUCGUGGCCUAUGCUUUUGCCAAGAGCCGUCGAAGAUCAACGAUGAAUCACCACAGCACGCUGCAAUUCUUAGCCUUCAGAGUCAAGGAGCUUUGCGAUCUCUUUCAGCCCUCGUUCGACGAGAAGUUUGGGGUUUACGAGGCCUUGAUGACCUGCGUUCGCCGUGCGGAAGUUGAACAGAGCGUCAAAGAGAAACUCCAGCGACGUGCGCCGAAGGUGGUUGACAGAUCCUGCGGCUUCGAAGAACUGGAGUGCGAAAUGAUCAGUAGCUACACUGAUGCUUUCGAAGAAGCAGGUGGCCCAGAGGAAGUUUCCUCGCAAGUGCCUGAAGUGGCUGAGCUGGUACGCAGCUAUCGACAUGGCCGCGUACGGCAGGACUUGGGCUUCGAAAUUUUGGGACUCAAAUAUCUGUAUCAAGUCAACAAUCGCUGGUUGAAGAAAUUUGAGGAGGAGGUGCAACGAUUGGCCAGUGGCACAAGAGGGAUUGCUACCAUCGCACCCAUGAAGAGCUAUGAUCGCGCCAGAGCCAAGGUCUUAACGCGCUACGGCAGCGACGCGAGUUGCUUGACGGAUGUGAUGAGAGCCUCGCUGAUCUAUCCAACCAUCGCGGAGGUCUACUCUGCCUUGUUCUUCAUACUGAAGGAGGACCAUGAUCAGCCAAGACACGACUUUCGGGUCAUGGAGGUCAACGACCGGUUCCAAUUCUGUCACGAUGGCUAUCGGGACAUCACUCUGCUGUUUGACAUGAGUGGUGUGAUCUGCGAAGUGCAGAUGCAGAUCAAAGGUAUCCAAGAGGUGAAGAAAUCCGGGGGUCACAAGGCAUAUCGCGCCCAGCGAGAGGUGAAUGAGCUGAUCUUUGAAGCCGCCGUGCAGAAUAGUGAGGAGGACUUGGCUGAAUUGGUGAAGAUCUACAAAGUCUCCGGACAGGGCACCAAAGACAAGAACGGUCGCAGUGCCCUGCACUACACCUGUCAGCAUGGAGCCCUGAAGGCCACUCGUGUCCUGCUGGCAGCAGGUAGCAAUCCUUGGCUGGAAGAUGAUCAUGGGGUUCUUCCAUUUGAGUUGGCUCUGAAGCAGAAGUUGUUCGAUACUUUGGAACUCACCUUGUCAGUCAUGAUGCUCAAGGGUCCACGCUUGGGCAAGUGCCUGCAUCGCAUGGCGGAGCAGAUUCUACCCUGGUGGUGUGCUAACAUUGCUAGACUGCCUCCUGCGGACUCUGACUUCCUUCGCUGGCGAGAAGCAGGACGACUAAUGAUCGCGGUGCUGACAUGCUAUGAGGCGCUUCCUCUGUUGGAGCCCUUCCUGACGAAAACGGCGAAGUUGGGGACCAACUUUGCGGCCACGACCAUCCGAGCAUUGCUGACGGCACAGGCAGAUCAGGAGCUAAAGACUGGCAGUGAAUCCUUGCUGGACUUUGCCAUGAAAAGCGGCCAUGCCGAGAUGGUCAAAAUGUUGGUUUGCAUGCAGAGAGGUGAUGGAACGCCCCUUGCAGCCCAUUGUUUCAAGGAAACCAUCCACGGGCACCUGAAGAUCGCUUCGAAAUUGGCAGAUCCUGGCUAUGCGCGGGCCGCACUUUUGGCCAACGCGGACCCGCGUGCGCAACAAGCCUUUGGUGUGGGGAAGAGGACGGCCCUGAUGAGUUUCGCCGCGGCUGGCGAGCUGGAGCUGUGCAAGGAGCUGAUCAACGCCAGAUCAGAGGUUCAAUGGAUCGAUGGAUCCUGCUGCAGUGCGGUGCACUACGCCCUGUCUCUGAAGCGAAUGCCCGUGGUGGACUUCCUUCGUGCGCAGCGGGCCAUUACGGAGGUGCCCUUGAAGCACAAUAGCCUGCAGGAUGUCGCCCAGUACCUACUGAAAGCCGUGCAGGAGGGAUGCUGUGGUGCCGUUCACCGGGGUGCAGAUUCCCUGCGCAACAUGCAGUUUCUGAAGAAGCAAAGCGACUCCAUCGCGGUCAAGGAAGUUUUAAGGGAGCGCUUCGGGCCUUCCAGAUGGACUUUGCUGCACUAUGCUGUGAAGGUCUUGCGGAGUGCAGACCCUGCGGGACAGGUCUGUCGCGCGCUGCUGCAGGCCAAAGCAGACCCGCGGUUGCUCUGCGCGGACGGCGAAACGCCUCUGCACUGGGCCUCAUCGUUGGGACAGCAGCAGGUCUUCGAUGCACUGGCGCAAGGGGCCCUCCGCGCCGAGUCGGAGGAUCAAACGUUGCAGGCCAUGGGACGAGGAGAGGAAGUGGAUGUCAGUCUUCCAAUGGCUGAAGUGUUGGUGAGUGAGACCCAAAAGGCACUGAAGCGACAGCUCUUGCGGGUGGAAACGGAGCAUGGGGUGGUGGCGAAGCAGAAGAACGAUGAUGAUGCGAUACCCUGGCUGCAAGCCGGGCUGCUGGCCUUCAAACAUGCCGUGCUCUGCAAGCGCUUAGUCUGCAGGGAUCCACAGGAGACCAGUCCGGGACCUAGUCCCCAACGCCUCACCUCUGCAAAGCUUAAGGUGGAGGCCUUGAAACGCUCAGCCUCAAAGACAUUCGGAUCGCUAAGUCGUCGAUCAUCGCGUUGCGUGGCAACAGGUUCAUCAAAAGACAGCGCCAAAGGUGAAACUUUUGCCAGAGCUGCACGGAAGACCAUGAACGUCAAAGCCUUCAACGGCAAGCCAUCGAAAAGCCCGAGCCGCGCCCUGAACGUCCCGGAGAUGGGGCGUUCAGGUACAAGCCCUUCAUCUGCCUCCAGCGCAGGUUCCAGGCCCAGUUCGGGAUCGCGAGGGCCAUCAAAAGCUCCGAGUGGUUGGUCAAACUCCGUGUCGCAACAAGUCUCCAAUGGCGGCAUGUCUCGACAAGUUUCCGGUGAAAGCUCCCGGCCAGGCUCCGCAACAAGGAUGUCGCGACAAGUCUCCAAUGGCAGCGGCAUGUCUCGACAAGUUUCCGGUGAAAGCUCCCGGCCAGGCUCCGCAACAAGGAUGUCGCAACAAGUCUCCAAUGGCAGUGCCAUGCCUCGACAGAUCUCUGGCGAUGGUGCCAUGCCUCGACAGAUUUCUGGCGAUGGCACCUUUGGCUCGACGUAGCGAGGUGUUUUCCCUUUGCAAGGCUGCUUGUCACGACAAGUUUCUAGCUCUAGCGACGAAGGCCGCAAGAUGCGGCGGACGACCUUCAAAGAAGAGGUGGAAGAAAGGUAGCGUCAGGUGUGGGACAUGCGCGAAGGGUUCAAGACGGACCAGCGCUUGCUCGGCUCAAUAGGAGCUCAACCCUGCUCUCAGC